GUCGGUUCACAUUGACAUUGCGGUUUAGCAUCGUAGGGCAGGUGGCAGGUUUUGGUUUCACAAUUGUGAAGUGGCCUGACCUGACACAUUCAUUCAUUUUCAGCGAGUCAUUGCCGUAUGACGGGUUGCUUAUUUUUUCUGAAACUUCAUUUUCAUCUCAUAUCCUCCUAAUUUCGACGUCUCUAUUGGUAUUUAGAAAAAGACCUACAUCGCAAUGGCCGUAAGAGUUAUAAAUGAUGACAAUCAUUUCCAUGGCGAACUGUCGGCUUCCGGAUCUAAGUUAGUUGUUGUCGAUUUCACAGCAACCUGGUGUGGUCCGUGUCAGAUGAUUGCUCCAGUGUUUGAGCAGCUUGCUGGGAAGUAUCCCCGAGCUGUAUUCCUCAAGGUGGACGUUGACAAGUGCCAAGAAACUGCAGCAGCGCAAGGUGUAUCUGCUAUGCCUACAUUCAUUUUUUACAGGAACAAGACUAAGGUGGAUCGUAUGCAGGGUGCAAAUCCCUCUGGUCUGGAGUCUAAAAUUCAACAGCUGUAUGGUUCUGGCGAUGCUGAUGAAGAGGAAGAAGAUGGUGUUGCUGGACACAUGGAUCUCAGUCCUUUCAUAGCCAAAAAUGAAUGCGAGUGCUUGAAUGAAGCUGAUGACCAUCCCUUCACCAACUGUUUGACCAACAGUCCAACAUAUCUCGAGUCAGAUUGUGAUGAGCAGCUCAUCAUAUCUGUUGCAUUCAACCAAGCAAUUAAAUUGCAUUCCCUUAAAGUCAAAGCACCUAGUGACAAAGGUCCUAAGAAAUUGAAGAUUUUCAUCAACCAACCCAGAACUUUGGACUUUGAUUCAGCUGACUCAAACCAACCCAUACAAGAACUGGAACUGAAGCCUGAAGAUUUGAGCGGAACUCCAAUAAAUCUACGCUAUGUGAAAUUCCAGAAUGUUCAAAAUGUUCAAGUGUUCAUUCAGAACAAUCAAGGGAAUGAGGAAACAACUCAAAUUCAGCAUCUUUCAUUUAUCGGUUCACCUAUUGAAACCACCAAUAUGACAGACUUUAAGAGAGUUGCUGGAAAGAAAGGGGAAAGUCAUUAAAAAACAUUUCCUAAUGGUCUGUUGAAAUGAGAUGCUGGAGAAUAACAUGUUUGAUCGGAAGAACUAAGCAUUUGUAGCUUUCGUGCAGGGUGAAGUCUGUGUAAUCUUAUGUCUCAUUUAUGUAAUGGGGCUCUCCAUUAAAUUUUUUAACUUGUAUCUUU